AUGUUCCCCUCGUCUGGACUUGUGCAAGGAGACGGGGAAGAUUUUACCGUUGUUCCCAAUAGCGAAAUAGUCGUAUCUAGGACGGCGUUCAAGGACAAUUCCUCGCACUACAGCCUGAACGGGCGUCGAGUCCAGUUCAAAGAGGUCGCCUCUAUGCUGCGCUCGCACGGCAUCGACUUGGACCACAAUCGGUUUCUCAUACUGCAGGGCGAAGUGGAACAGAUCGCAAUGAUGAAACCGAAGGGUCAGAACGAGCAUGAAUCCGGGAUGCUCGAGUAUUUGGAGGACAUCGUGGGCACGUCCCGGUAUAAGGACUCGAUAGAGAGGUUGGCCAUCAAAGUGGAGGAGUACAGCGAGAUGCGCAAGGAGAAGUUGAACCGGGUGCGCCUAGUUGAGGCGGAGAAGUUGCAGCUGGAGCAGCCGAUGAGGGAGGCCGUGGAGCAGAUGAACCUAACGAACACGGCGCUGCGCACUCGGAACACGCUGCUACAGAAAUACAUGCACGAAACCAACAAGAUCAUCGAAACGAAGAAUGCGGAAAUGGAUGAGCUGAAACAGACCUUGGCCAAUAUCGAUUCCGCUUUGGCGGAGAUAGAGGGAGAGUUGAGGGAGAAGAGCGAAGUACUGAAAACGGGGAUGCAGAAGUUCGAAGCGACGCAGAAGAAGAAAGAGGAGAUCUCGGAGAAGCUGCAGUCUUGCAAGAGGAAGACGGUCACCGUCCAAGCAGAUCUCACGCAGGCCGGGAAAAAGAAGAAGAAUUUAGAUCAACUCCUCGAACAGGAGAAGGGAAAGCUCAUAGAGUUAGAGCUGAUUCCGGAUAAAAACAGACGCGAAAUAGAAGAUUGCGAAGCCCUGCUCGUCAAGCAUAAAGAGUGCAAGCGGCUAGCUGAAGAAGAGUUGCAGACCGUUAUGGCAGGAGUGAGAUCCAAAACGCAAGGCCUCCAAGAGACCAAGGACAAACUGCAAGCCAAACUCAUCGAGCUCAAGAAGAUCGUGGACGAUUCGAAGAAGAACUACAAGCUGGCGGAAUCCGAGCUGAAGCUUUAUCUAAGCACGGAAGAGAAGGAGACAGCGAAGUUAGAGAAGAUGAAGGAGACUUAUGAGAAGGCUGUGAAGGACGUAGAAGAGAAGCAGCUAUGGUUCAACGAAUUGUCAGUCACCGCGCCGACAAAUGAGAGAGAGUUUAACGAUGUCAAGGAGAAGUUGCAAUCACUGAAGCAGGAGGAGACUAAUCUAUCCAACGAAGCGAGAACUGUACGUGCCAGUCUAGAAGAGUCCAGGCAGGCGAUGAGCGCAAACCGAUCGCGCGGCAGAGUAUUGGACUCGCUGAUGAGGGAGAAAAGUAGCGGCAGGCUGCCAGGAAUUUUUGGUAGACUUGGCGACCUCGGCGGCAUCCCGCCGCGCUACGACGUAGCGAUCUCUACGUGCUGCGGCGCUCUAGACAAUAUCGUAGUGGAUACCGUAGAGACUGCGCAAGCGUGCGUAGAGCACCUAAAGAGGCACGACGUAGGCCGCGCGACCUUCGUAGCGCUCGACAAGCAGCAGCACUUGAUACCGCACUACGAGCGGCGCGCCACUUACCCGGAAAAUGCACCUCGACUGUUCGAUCUGAUAGAGGUGAGAGACGAGCGGGUGUUGCCAGCCUUUUACUACGCCCUGCGCGACACCUUAGUUGCCAACGAUUUGGAACAAGCCUCACGCAUCGCCUACGGCCGCACCAGAUAUAGGGUGGUAACACUGAAUGGUGACGUUAUAGAGAUUGCCGGCACAAUGUCCGGCGGUGGCAAGACGACCAUGCGCGGCAGGAUGUCCAGCUCCGUGCAGCAGGACACCAGCGAGCAGGACCCGAGGCUGCUGCAGCAGAAGGAGGAGAGGCUGGCCGCUUUGGAGCAGAGGGUGGCGGAACUGCGCGGCGAGCAGUUGACUCUGGAAGACAGGCUCUCCUACCUGCAGAGGACAACUAGAGAAGGGAAAACGACGCUGAACAAACUCAACAUCGAACUGAACAGCUUGAAGGAGCAAAUUCCUUCGUUACAAAGUCAAAUCAGACAGCAGGAGAGCAAAGCGCUGGCCAGUAGAGUUGACGCCCAGCAGAAGGAGACUCUAGAAGCCGCUUUGAAGAAUUCGGAGGAAAAGUUGGAGAAAGCCAGAGUGGACGCCGGCGAAGUGGAGAAAGAAGUGCAAGCAGUCGACGCGAAAAUCUCUUCGGUGGCCGGUGGUAAAGUGAAGAAUUUACAAGAGACCGUCGACGACCUCGCCAAGAAAAUCGACAAGAUAUCCUCCGAGAUAACCAAACUCAAAGUCGCUAUCAGCAGCAGCAUAAGGAACGCAAAGAAGUCGAAGGACAAAAUCGAGCAAAUGGACGCCGACCUAAAGGAGACAGAGAAGAACCUGGAGAGUUUGAACAAUCAGAAGAAACAGCUGGCCUUGGAAAAUACGCAACUGCAGAGGGACUUUGAAGAGGUGGAGGAGGAACUGAACGAGGGCUCCGGCGAGUUCUCUGACCUGAAGAAAGAAAUCGCCGCUCUCCAAAGCAAGGAGAAUAAGACGAAGAGCGAACGAUUGGAAGCGAGCAACGCCGUCAGCAAAAUGGAGAAGUCCAUACAGGACUGCACGAGUAAAAUACCGAUGUGGGAGAAGGAGCUGUCCUCGCUCAAGCUGGAGGACCCCGCGCUGGAGGGGGUCGCGGGCGUGGAGAGGCCGGAGCCGCUGGAAAGGCACUCGCCCGAAGAGCUGGAGGCGUGCGCCGUGGAGGAGCUGCGCGGGCGGCUGGCCGCGCAGAGGGCGAGGCUGGGCGACGCCAAGCCCAACCUGCAGGCGAUACAGGAUUACAGGACAAAGGAAGAGCUGUAUUUGAAAAGGGCUGCCGAGUUGGAUGAGAUCACGACAAGAAGGAACGAGAUUCGACAAUUAUACGACCAGCUGAAGAAGAAACGGACCGCAGACUUUUUAUCGGGCUUCAACACGAUAACGGCGAAACUGAAAGAGAUGUACCAGAUGAUCACGCUGGGCGGCGAUGCGGAACUGGAGCUGGUCGAUUCCUUGGACCCGUUCACCGAGGGAAUAACCUUCAGCGUACGUCCGCCGAACAAGUCCUGGAAGAACAUAUCGAACCUGUCCGGUGGCGAAAAGACCCUCUCCUCUCUCGCUCUAGUGUUCGCCCUUCACUACUACAAACCGACGCCUCUCUACGUCAUGGACGAAAUCGACGCGGCUCUGGACUUCAAGAACGUCUCGAUCGUCGCCAAUUACAUCAAGGAGAGAACGAAGAACGCCCAGUUCAUCAUAAUCUCACUGCGUUACAACAUGUUUGAGGUUUCGAACCGUCUAGUGGGCAUCUACAAAACAGAAGAUUGUACGAAAUCGGUAACCAUAGAGAAUAAAGUCCCAGAGCAAACAUCCUGUGAUGUCAUGACC